AAUUUACCCUGCACCUCUUCUUCCAUCAUCACACUCAAACUCAUCAACAAGUCGAUAAUAAUAUUCAAAGACUUGAUCAAAUUCUGUGUGUGAUUUGAAAACUAGACCUAUUUCUCUCUACUACUAAUACUACUACUAUUUGGCUCAUCAGAUCAUUAUCUACUGCGCGAGAUAUUUAACUGUAGUCUACUAUCAUUGUAAAGAGAUCCGAUAACAUCAUCAUCAUCAUCAUAUAAUUAUUAUAAUUUAAAUAAUAUUUGUACAAUAAUCAAAGGAUGAAUCGUCAAUUUUCAGCAACACAUUCACGAUCUGCUACUGCUACUAGCAGUUUACUGAUUGUUCUUAUUGUUCUAAUAAGUUUCUUGUUAUUCAACAAGUCUGUAUAUUGUAAAAUAAGAUUGUCUACUAAUAGUAAAGAAGCAAAAUCCACAAGUACUACUACUGGUGGCUCCUAUGUUCCAGUCUAUAUCAUGAUGCCACUGGAUACAGUGAAUAAUGAUGGCACCCUAAACAAUCCGACAAAGAUUUACAAUAAUCUGAAACAAGUUAAACAAGUUGGUACGGAUGGAAUUAUGAUAGAUGUUUGGUGGGGCAUAGUAGAGGGGUUAGCACCUAAAGUUUAUAAUUUCACAGCUUAUACUCAAUUAUUUACCAUGUGCCAACAACUGGGAUUAAAAGUUGAACCUGUCAUGUCCUUCCAUCAAUGUGGUACUAAUGUUGGAGAUGCUGCUUAUAUUCCACUUCCAAAAUGGGUUCUUCAAGUGGGUCAGAAUAAUCCAGACAUUUUCUACACAGAUCAAAAUGGCCAUCGUGACAGAGAAUAUCUUUCACUUGGUGUUGAUAAUGUAGCAAUAUUCCCAUCAGGUACUCCAGGAAAGAAUAGAACAGCUGUUGAUAUGUAUAGUGACUACAUGAGCUCUUUUAUGCAAACAAUGUCUCCUUUCAUUAGUAGUGGAGUCAUUGAAGUUAUUGAGAUUGGCCUUGGACCUGCAGGUGAAAUGAGAUACCCAUCUUAUCAAUUACAAAAUAAUUUAAACUUGUCACAAUCGGCCUCACAGGUUGGUCAUGCUGAUUGGGGUUAUGCUGGUCCAGAUGAUGCUGGAUACUAUAAUUCAUUCCCAUAUCAAACUGGAUUCUUUAGUGAAAAUACUGCUGACAAUUAUGAUUCACCAUAUGGCAAAUUCUUCUUGUCAUGGUAUUCUGGACAACUCAUUCAACAUGGUGCAAACAUUUUAUCAAGAGCAAGAAAUAUCUUUGGUAAGAAUAUCAGAAUUGCUGGUAAAAUUGCAGGCAUCCAUUGGUGGUUCUUCUCUUCUAGCCAUGCUGCUGAACUUACUGCUGGUUAUUACAAUAAUGCUUUCAAUGAUGGAUAUGGAGCUAUUUCACAAAUGUUUGCUCAAUAUGACAUUGAUUUUGAAUUUACUUGCAUGGAAAUGAUAGACAAUGAACAGCCAAGUAACUGUGCUUGUGGACCACAAGAAUUAGUAGCACAAACUAGAGCCACUGCUUGGAAGUAUGGUCUUGAAUAUGGUGGUGAAAAUGCACUUGACAUUGAAGGAAAUUAUCAAGCUAACUCUCAAAUUAUCAAUCAAUCUUUCUCAAAUGGAAAGGCAAUUUCUGGAUUUACGUACUUGAGAAUGACUGAUACCUUAUUUGCUCAAGGUAACUUUAAUGCCUACGCUCAAUUAGUAAGCUCUUUACAUAAUAUUUCCUCUUCAAAGUACGAAAAGGUUGAAUCUAUUAUUUCAAGUUUGAAAAAACAAAUAAACAAACAAUAA